GAGGCUCCCACACUUGGAGAAUCUCUGAGGGGAGUGAAAAAUUGGACCCUAAAAGGGCCUUUCUUUGGGAUCUUGCUCCUUCCAUCAAACACCUUCUCACAUUGUGUGAGGCCAGGCAGAGGUGGUCCAGGAGCAGAAUGCCGAGAUGGCAGUCGCACCCCACAUCCCUGGUCCAGACUGCUUGCGCCGGUUCACCCGUGAGUCCUUGGCAGCGAUAGAGAAACGUAUUGCAGAGCAGGAGGCCAAGGACAAGAAGAAGCAACAUGAAGAGGUUCUCGAUGAAGCUCAAGAGCCCAAACCCCGCAGUGACCUGGAACAAGGGAAAAACCUCCCGAUGAUUUAUGGGGACCCACCCCCGGAGUUAAUUAGGGUGCCCCUGGAAGAGCUAGACCCCUUCUAUAAGAAUCAAAAGACGUACAUCAUUCUCAACAAAGGGAAGACCAUUUUCCGUUUCAGUGCUACCCCUGCCCUCUAUAUGUUAGACCCUUUCAAUAUUGUCCGGAGAGGUGCCAUCCAAGUGCUGAUACAUUCAUUAUUCAGCAUGUUUAUAAUGAUAACCAUCUUAACCAACUGUGUCUUCAUGGCCAUGAGUGACCCACCAUCUUGGGCCAAGAACGUGGAAUAUACUUUUACAGGCAUCUACACCUUUGAGUCCAUGAUCAAGAUACUUGCUCGGGGAUUCUGCAUUGACAACUUUACAUUCCUGCGAGAUCCAUGGAACUGGCUGGAUUUCAGCGUCAUUGUUAUGGCUUAUGUCACAGAGUUUGUGGAUUUGGGCAAUGUCUCUGCUCUACGGACGUUCCGGGUUCUCCGAGCACUUAAAACUAUCACAGUUAUUCCAGGGCUGAAAACAAUUGUGGGUGCUUUGAUCCAGUCAGUGAAGAAGCUCUCGGAUGUCAUGAUCCUGACUGUGUUCUGUUUGGCUGUUUUUGCCCUCAUCGGCCUGCAGCUCUUCAUGGGGAAUCUGAGGCAUAAGUGCGUCCGAUGGCCACCCCCCAUCAAUGACACUUUCCAAGAGGAUGCCUUUGGAUAUGAUAGUGACCCCUUUGGCAAUGGGACCUUUGGCAUGUUGGCGAAUGCAACUCUGUAUAGUAAUGUGACGGUCAACAACACUUUUGAAUGGAAUGAGUACAUCAAUGAUGAAGCCAAUUACUACUUUCUGGAUGGCGCACUUGAUGCCCUGCUCUGUGGGAACAGUUCCGACGCUGGACAAUGCCCAGAAGGCUACCUCUGCAUGAAAGCUGGUCGGAACCCAAACUACGGCUACACAAGUUAUGACACCUUCAGCUGGGCCUUCCUGUCACUCUUCCGCCUCAUGACUCAGGACUACUGGGAGAACCUCUUCCAACUGACCUUGCGAGCCGCUGGGAAGACCUAUAUGCUUUUUUUCAUUGUGAUCAUCUUCUUGGGCUCCUUCUACCUGAUCAACUUGAUCCUGGCCGUGGUGGCAAUGGCCUAUGCUGAGCAGAACGAGGCAACGCAGUUGGAGGAGCAGGAGAAGGAAGCAGAGUUCCAGCAGAUGAUGGAGCAGCUGAAGAAGCAUCAGGAGGAACAGCAGAGGCUGCUUCACGAACAAGCAGCAAACAGCAGCUCUGCAGACAGUAUCAUAGCAGAGAAGAAAAAGAAGGGGGAGUCAGAUCAAGAGGCACCCAGUGACCAGGAGUGUAAUGGUCGGGUCAUCCCACGCUUGGUGCUGGAGCGAUCAGCCACAGUAGACGAGUCAGGUUCUUUGGAGGAGCAUGAGAAGUCCAACCAGAACCACCUGCAAGUAGGCAGUCAAGAUGGGACAGGUUUACAGAAACGAGCAGAGAGUGCACUCAGCAUUGUCUCCAACACCCUGGAAGAGCUGGAAGAGGCACACCAGAAGUGUCCACCCUGGUGGUACAAGUUUGCCCAUGCGGUCCUUAUAUGGAACUGUUGCCCACCAUGGGUAAAGUUUAAGCAAUUUAUCAGGCUCAUUGUCAUGGACCCCUUUGUGGAUCUGGGGAUCACCAUCUGUAUUGUCCUCAACACUGUCUUCAUGGCCAUGGAACACUACCCAAUGACCGAGGAGUUCAACAACGUGCUGAGUGUGGGCAACCUGGUCUUCACGGGGAUAUUCACAGCAGAGAUGGUGCUCAAACUGAUUGCUCUAGACCCCUAUGAGUACUUCCAGAUAGGAUGGAAUAUUUUCGACAGCAUCAUUGUCACCCUGAGCUUGGUGGAGCUUGGCCUUGCCAAUGUCCAGGGGCUGUCUGUGCUGCGUUCUUUUCGGCUGAUGAGAGUUUUCAAGCUUGCAAAAUCCUGGCCGACCCUCAACAUGCUGAUCAAAAUCAUUGGCAACUCAGUGGGUGCCCUGGGCAAUCUGACCUUAGUGCUGGCGAUCAUUGUGUUCAUCUUCGCUGUGGUGGGCAUGCAGCUGUUUGGGAAGAGCUACAAGGAGUGUGUCUGCAAGAUUUCCUUGGACUGUGAGCUGCCACGCUGGCACAUGCAUGACUUCUUCCAUUCCUUCCUUAUCGUCUUCCGCAUCCUUUGUGGGGAGUGGAUCGAGACCAUGUGGGACUGCAUGGAGGUGGCCGGGCAGACCUUGUGCCUCAUCGUCUUCAUGAUGGUCAUGGUGAUCGGGAACCUGGUGGUCCUCAACCUGUUUUUGGCUUUGCUGCUCAGUUCCUUCAGUGCUGAUAGCCUGGCAGCCUCUGAUGAUGAUGGUGAGAUGAAUAAUUUGCAGAUUGCAAUUGGCAGGAUCACACGGGGGAUUGAUUUCGUAAAGCAGCAAGUCUUCCGGCUACUUCACCGGGAGUGGAAGGGGAAGAAGGAACCAGCCAAGGAGCAGGAUGACAGCAAGAAGGAGAACUUUGUCCUCAACAACAUAGAGAUGGGCCAGGACUCCAAAUCGGACUACAAGGAUGGCAUAGCCAAAAAAGAGUCAGUCAUUGAUGAUCUGAACCAUGUGGACAUGAGCCAGGACUCCAAAUCGGAUUAUAUUGAUGGCAUAGCCAAAAAAGAGCCGGUCAUUAAUCGGUUUCAGCAGGACUCCAAAUCAAAUUACUUGGAUGGCAUAGCCAAAAGAGCACCAUUCAUCGAUGAGUUGGAUCACAUGAACUUCAUUAACAAUCCCAACCUGACAAUUCAUGUCCCAAUAGCCUCUGAGGAGUCUGACCUUUAUGAUGAAACAGACACCGGGGAAGAGACUGCCGAUGACACCAAGAAGCCACUGUCAGAUGGGACAGAGUCGUCUAUCUGCAGCACGGUUGAUUACAAGCCUCCAGAUCCCUUGGAGGAGGAAGCCGUGGCUGAGGAGGCCGUGGAGAACGAUGAGCCAGAGGAAUGCUUUACUGAAGCUUGUGUUCGGAGGUGCCCUUGCCUCUACGUUGAUACCAAAACGGAAAAGGGGAAGAGAUGGUGGAAUCUUCGGAAGACAUGUUUCAAGAUAGUGGAGCACAAUUGGUUUGAGACCUUCAUCAUCUUCAUGAUCCUCCUGAGCAGCGGGGCCCUAGCUUUUGAAGACAUCUAUAUUGAGCGGCGGCAGACAAUCCGCACCAUCUUGGAGUAUGCUGACAAGGUCUUCUCCUAUGUCUUUGUGAUUGAGAUGCUGCUGAAAUGGGUGGCCUAUGGGUUCAAGGUCUACUUCACCAAUGCCUGGUGCUGGUUGGACUUCCUCAUUGUUGAUGUAUCUCUCAUCAGCUUGACUGCAAAUUGGUUGGGCUAUUCAGAACUAGGAGCCAUCAAAUCUCUUAGGACGCUCCGUGCACUGAGACCUCUUCGGGCCUUAUCCAGAUUUGAAGGCAUGAGGGUGGUCGUGAAUGCCCUUCUGGGGGCCAUCCCAUCUAUCAUGAAUGUCCUCUUGGUCUGCUUGAUCUUCUGGCUCAUCUUUAGCAUUAUGGGGGUCAACCUCUUUGCAGGGAAGUAUUACCGGUGCAUCAACACCACCACCGAUGAGCUCUUUGACAUCAGUGUAGUGAAUAACAAGAGCGAGUGCAUGGCCCUCAACUACACCAAUCAGAUCCGCUGGGUCAACGUGAAAGUCAAUUUUGACAACGUGGGCCUUGGCUAUCUCUCUCUUCUUCAGGUGGCCACUUUCAAAGGCUGGAUGGACAUCAUGUAUGCUGCUGUGGACUCCCGUGAGCUGGAGGAACAGCCCCAAUAUGAAGUGAACAUCUACAUGUAUCUCUAUUUUGUCAUCUUCAUCAUCUUUGGUGCCUUCUUCACCCUCAAUCUGUUUAUCGGUGUCAUUAUUGACAAUUUCAACCAACAGAAGAAAAAGUUUGGAGGAAAGGACAUCUUCAUGACAGAGGAACAAAAGAAGUACUACAAUGCCAUGAAGAAGCUAGGCUCGAAGAAGCCAGUGAAGCCCAUCCCCAGGCCCCAGAACAAAUUUCAAGGGAUCAUCUUUGACUUUGUGACCCAGCAAGCCUUUGAUAUAGUUAUCAUGGUCCUCAUUUGUCUUAACAUGAUGACGAUGAUGGUGGAAACAGACGACCAGAGCAAAGCCAAGGAAGACAUCCUGUUCCAAGUCAACCUGGUCUUCAUUGUGAUCUUCACAGCUGAGUGCUUCCUCAAGAUGGUUGCUCUGCGGUACUACUUCUUCACUAUCGGCUGGAACAUCUUUGAUUUUGUUGUGGUCGUUCUCUCCAUCAUAGGAAGUGUGCUCUCAGACAUCAUUGAGAAAUAUUUUGUGUCCCCCACACUCUUCAGGGUCAUUCGCUUGGCCAGAAUAGGGCGUGUUCUCCGGCUGAUCCGGGGAGCCAAGGGCAUCCGGACACUCCUCUUCGCCUUGAUGAUGUCCCUGCCAGCCCUCUUUAAUAUUGGCCUGCUUCUUUUCCUGGUCAUGUUUAUCUAUUCCAUUUUUGGGAUGUCCAAUUUUGCCUAUGUGAAGAAGGAAUCUGGCGUUGAUGACAUCUUCAAUUUUGAGACUUUUGGCAACAGUAUCAUCUGCCUUUUCCAGAUCACCACCUCAGCUGGCUGGGAUGGCUUAUUGAACCCUAUCCUGAACAGCGGGCCCCCAGAUUGUGACCCUACUCUGGAAAACCCUGGCUCUUCCGUCAAGGGUGACUGUGGCAACCCCUCCAUUGGCAUCAUCUUUUUCUGCAGCUACAUCAUUAUCUCUUUCUUGAUUGUGGUCAAUAUGUACAUUGCCAUCAUCCUCGAGAACUUCAAUGUAGCCACAGAAGAGAGCAGUGAGCCACUGUGCGAAGAUGACUUUGAAAUGUUCUAUGAGACAUGGGAGAAGUUUGACCCAGAUGCCACACAGUUCAUUGAGUACAGUAUACUCUCUGAAUUUGUAGACACCUUGCAAGAGCCACUGCGAAUCGCUAAACCCAACAAGAUCAAGUUGGUCACUUUGGAUUUGCCCAUGGUUCCUGGGGAUAAGAUCCAUUGUUUAGACAUCCUUUUUGCCCUUACUAAAGAAGUAUUGGGAGACUCUGGGGAAAUGGAUGCCCUGAAGGCAUCCAUGGAGGAGAAAUUUAUGGCAGCUAAUCCUUCCAAAGUGUCUUAUGAACCCAUUACUACAACACUGAAAAGGAAGCACGAGGAAGUAUGUGCCAUCAAAAUCCAACGGGCUUUCCGACGAUAUCUGUUAAGGCGAUCAGUGAAGCAGGCCUCUUAUAUGUAUCGGCACAGCAAAGACGAGGACACACUGGCAGAAGGUGCCCCAGAGAAAGAAGGGUUGAUUGCAGAUAAAAUGAAUUCAAUGUACGGGCUUUUGGCAACUCAGGCAGAAACUGAAGUGUCAUCCGCAACAGCCCCACCUCUCAGCCUUGAGGCAGUCACUGAUCCAAACACUGAUCCCAGAGAGAGGGAGGGUGAUGAUCCUGGGAGAGGGAAAGAGGAUGAUCACAGACAAACUAAAGCGAGGGAGGAUGAUCCUGGAGAAACAAAGGAGAGGAAGGCCACCAAACGAGGCGUGAUAGAGUCAUUUGUAUAAUGCAGAGCAUUCUUGACUGAUGAUCGCUUGCCAUGUGGCCCUGAAAGACUUCUCUUGCUUCUUCCUCUCGUACACAAGGACCCUUCCGUAACUUGUGCUGGCGUGGGCUAACCACCUGCUAUUGCCAGAUGUCAGGUACUCCGCUCAACGUCUUAACUUUAGAAGGAGAGCCACUUGUGGAUUCUGACUUUUCAAAGACAUCAUGAUGUGCCAAAAUAUUUUUUUUCCUUAGGAGGUAAAUGUGAAUGAUCUCUAUUGCUGUGACAUCUAAUGUAGAAUGUUCCAAGGCUGGUUCCAAUGCUCAUUUUCCCUUCUUGAGUUUUCAAGAAGCAGAAUGGUGGGGAGCAGAAUGGUGGGGAGAGAGGGGCAGAGAUGCAAGCCUUCCUCACUUCAGCUCAGCCAGAAUCAAGCUUGCGUUGCAUAUGCAGGACUGGCAGGCCACCUUAGAGGAGCUGAACUAGAGCGGUGUGUAUAUUCACAAGUAAGAAUAUUGAUUCUGCCUUAAGAAGAGUUUGGUUCUAUGGCCUGUGCAUGUGUAUUCUACAUAAGGCAUUCUGCUUGUCGUAAGAGGAGAAAAGAGCUUCUCAGCCCACUGAACCCUCACUUCUGUACCAGUGGAGAUCCUUCUCAGCACACACGAAGAGACACAAGGCUUCUGAGAUCUGAGCAGACAUUAACCUCACACUUUCAAGCACCUUUAAGAGCUAGAAAUUUGCUGCAUUUUAAAUGAAAGCUAAGGUCAGAAGGAGGCUGAAUUCUGUGUCCGAUCCAAUUUCUUGAGCUCUGUGGUAGCAUUGUGAAAAUGCAGUUUAUACGCAGCCCUGCACUUAACUAGUGGUGUGUAUCAGGCACCAUGAGAUGUUUAGGCUGGGUGGAAGUUUGAGCUGUUGUUCUCCUUCGCUAUGCAUGUCUUGCAGACAUUAGCAAUGAACAUUGCUGUCUGUACUGGUUCUUGGGCAUUAACAGCUGCCUAGUCAUCUCUAGCUUUAAAAUUAUUUCUUGAUGUUAUUUCCUAAUAAUAAACUGAUCCACUUUGGGCUUAAGAUUGUUUUCAGUGUGUGAAGGCAAGGGGGGUGUUGAAAUAAUGAUUCAGUUUUGUGAACAAAAAUAUGCAAUGUCUUAUGAACUUCUGCCUUUUCCCUUUGAGCAUUAGAAAGGAUUUCAAAAAGUUUUGUUACAAGGAAUUUAAAGUUCAAUUAAGUCUUAACUAUUUGUAUGCUUAGUUUCUUUACAAAGAAAAAAGUGCAAGAUCUGUUCUCAGGGUUUUAGUGUCAGCUUUUGGAACUUUUCUGACUUAAUUCUCAACUCCAUGGAACAUUGUCAGAUUCUGGGUUGUGCUUUUUCCAUGCUUGCCAUGUUGCUGUUUUCCUCUUUAGGGCACAUCUAGACAGCUUCAGGCUACUAGACAUGCUGCAUUCUCUGACCCCCGCUCACAGUCCAGAAAAGUGUAGUGUUUUGCCUUUCCAUCUGCUGAUCUCUCUGCCAGUCUAUACAGGGAAAUAAAAUCUGGAGUGAAUGGAGUGUUCUGGAACCCUGAGAGUCACUCUGUCCUGGGACACUCUCCACUGUGGCAUACUACAUUGCAGAGUUAAAGCGGGGGAAACCGGGGUCUGGAUUGUCCAGUAGGGCAGGCCCUGAACAUAUCACUCUGAAAUAAAUGGGGCAUCUUUAAAUGCAAAGGAUUCUUGCACCUCUGUCCCCUACAUUUGUGCAGAAGACAAUUGUGUAGAAAGAUGGUUUGCAUGUCUGCUGUCUUGGAAUCAGAUUUUUAAAAUCAGUACAAGCACAGGGGUAUUAACAGAAGGCAGACAGGCAUUCCCUCUUCUCUUGCCCAGCCUCUCCCUCACAAUGUUAACAAGACACCUUGGAUUUCCUUUUCCUGUGUCUCAAUCUACCUCUGAGGCUGCCAUUACUGUCCAUUGUUGGAGACUGGAUAACGGGCAAACAGGGUCAUUGUCUCAAUGUGGCUGUUUGAAGAUGCAAUCUCCCUAAAGCAAGGAAUCUGCACGUUUUUGUGCGCUAAAAGUUUUAUUUUCCUUUACUCACAUAUUUUAUGUACUCUUUGGACAGGAAUGGUUCCAUUCCCAUACCUAGAGAAAGGCUAAUUUUUACUCUAGAGGGAAUUAAUGACUUCUUGAACAAUUUCACAAGAACCAGCAAAUAUCUGAUGGUGCCCAAAUUUUGAUGAAUCAUAAUAACUGCCUGAAAGGGCUGAAGACUUUGAGCCCGUUCCCAAAAUAAGGAGUGGGCAGCUACAGACAUGCCUCCUUGGAGAUGGAAAUAUCCUUGCCCUGACUGGGUCCAAUGAACAGACCCUUGAACUCAGGAAGAACCAGUUGUGAGUUUCCAGUAGAACCCUAACCCCAUGGUUCUUGGAACAUCACAAAGCCACCUCUGCUCUUCUCCAGAGCAGGUUUUCCAGUUUUUUUAAACCUGAUUUUAUUAAUAGCAAUAAGGCAUCAAGCAGUUACUAAAAUAAACUUGCAAGUUUUUUGAAAAGUGUUUUUUUAAGCAGCCCAUUGAAGCAUAGAUGGAUGAGCAUAAAGGAAGAGGAAACCAAGUGUUCAGCUUGGAGUCAGAUGCUUGUGAUGUGUUCGUGGCGCAUAUACGGGAGGUGGCUGCGUUCACUCUGCAGGAGAGAAAAAUGCACCAGCUCCAUAGGUACACCAAGCUUCAUGCAUAAGUUUGGAACUCACAGGGAACUCUUACAGACUUCCCCUACAAAACAGUGCCUUUAUUACUCCAUUGAAGGCUGUGCCCUCCCUCAACACACGCACACAGCUGGUUUGUUUGCACCCAGCAUAGCAAAUCUGCCGCAUUGACGGCAUUGACUAGGUCAGGAUGCCUGUUCAUGUGGUUGGGCCAGCCCCAGGUUCUGAAUCCAAAAACAGGUUCUUGAUGAGCAGCGCCUCAAGUUAAUCCAAAACACAUCCAACUUUAUAAUAAUCUGGGGUUUUUUUUAAUACAGAUUUUUUUUAAAAAAUGCUUUAAAUUUUUGCAAGUGAAUUCCAAAUAAAAAAAUAUCCUGGAGAACUCUUUGUGUCGUAAAUUCCCUUUACUAAUAAUAACAACUGCGCUUAGAUACCGCUCUUCUAGACAGAUUAGUGCCCCACUCAGAGCGGUGAACAAAGUCAGUGUUAUUAUUUCCUCAACCACUUAACCACUAUGCUAUAGCAGCUCACCACCACCACCGCCACCAUCAUCAUCAUCAGAAAAAAGCUACAUGUCCCUGUCAGAACUGGUUCCAUUGUGCACGUGCCUUUUGGGGAAAGAGAAAAAAUGCUGCUAAUAAUAUUUUGUUCAUUGUUCCUGUCAAGUUCAUCUUUCUCUCUGCUAAAGGUGAUUUUUGACAACUCCCCCAAGCAGAGAGCUUUUAAUUCUUCAGCAGCUCCUUUCAAGAAAUGUUUUUGGGGUUAGCAAGUUGUUGGGGGUGCUUUUCCUUGCAAAUGGCAGGACUGGGGCUUUCCUGCUGUCACUUGGCACACCUCAGUUUCAUCUGCCAGGCAAGGGUCCCUCCACAAGAUGUGUUGAGACAUGGUUUCCAGCUGCGUUUACAUGUGAACAACUGUGGAACGAGGACUCUGCUUUGUUUCAAAUCGCCUCCGUUGUUUGUGCAUAUGUAACAUUCUGUGAUGAGAGAAGGCUUCACUCUGUAAGCUCAUGUGAUGUUUCCUUUGUACAUUUCUUAAAAUAAACUCUGUA